AUGCUGCUCUUCUGUGCAUUCGUCGGAGAGAAGUACGCCCCGUUUUACAUCGAAAUCGACGGAAACAGCUCUUCGUCGGGAAGACACUCAGCGAUCAAGGACGCUGUUAUCUUCGGGAGCGGCUGCGAGUUUGGCGAAUGUCAAAUUCACGUGCUGACCUUGCUGAAGAAUUGUGAUGUUUCUGGCGACUUGCUGCAACCUGGAAAACUGGUGAACUUGUUCGAGUGGGAUGACAGCGAUUGCGGAAAAGUGAAGGGCAUCGAAGCGGUUGGGAACGUUAUGGAGUUUACCGGCCCCAGCUUUUACGUGCGCAAAGAAAUCCGGUGUGUGUUGGAGAAUUUCAAGAAUUUCUUGCAGCAGAAGGAUACGAGCGUCAACUCGAAGAAGCAGUUCAUUUUCGUGGGGAGCCCAGAAACAGGCAAGAGCUGCAUCUUGGCCUUGAUCUGUUGCUACUUGGCAACUGUGGAGAAGGUGUCGGUUGUAUUGCACUGCUGUGUGAAUACUAGAGGCGACACCCUUGCCACGACGCGUUUGCUUGACGAAGGCAAGUACUACGAGUGGAUCGACGUGGAUGGCGAGGUGUACAAGUCGCUCCGUUUGAAUGGGAGGACGAUUUUCCCCGGCUGCUGGUAUUGUCUUGACGGUUUGGAUCAGAAACAGCUCGGCGCUAGAAACUGGUCCAACCUUUAUACGGUGCUAGCAACCUCUAGGCAGUUUGAGAAGAAGGGCCAAGGUGGGUCUAAACAGGUGAACUGCUUGGUGCCGUACUGGAGGCAUGACGACUUGCAGCGUAUGGCCGCAGAAUUUCCGAGUCCGGACGAGCGAGAUGUAGCGGCUCGGUAUUUUGUGUCUGGCGGAAAUGUUCGUGACUUCUGCCUGCCACCAUCGGAUGAAAAUGAUCUCGCUGACGCGUUGCACGAGUUGAACUCUAUGAACUACGACUCACUGCUUAGUACAAGCGGAUGCAAUUCACAGGCGAUUGACCGCAUUCGUAUGAUGGGGUGCACGAACUAUGCGGACAUCAUGCGCGAGGACACGGGUGCGAUAACAUUCGACUCGAGCGAACGACUACAAGUCAAACGUGAAGGUACCACCAGCAUAGAUGAGCACGUAGCGGUGAUGAAAAGAUGGGCUGCGGACCCCACCGAGAUGGACUACUGGAUCCCUGAAUCCAGCGUGUGCGAAGCAAUUGAUGCUGCAGCGAAGUGGAAACUAUUGAGCGAUUCAGUGGAAAGAGCCAAGGUCGGGUCUAUCGUGGAGCGAAUUUGCUUUCUUCAGGUGACGACCGACACGAAAUGCAAGUGCGACGAAGAGGUCCUUUGGGAGUUUGCGAAACCCUUUCUAGACGCAAACAAGCAGGUGUGUUACAUGGUGCUUCUGUGCGAUAGUGGAUUUGGCAUGGGCACGGACAGCAAAGAAGAUAAAAAGUGGAGAUUCCGACUGGAGCCUGAAGAAAUUAAAAUGGAUAAAAUCAAGGAGCACACCCCUGUGUAUGUUGCACAUGCUUAA